UUCAAAAUUCCACACACCGACUGCAGCGUGUGUGGUUAACGAGCAGCCCAGUUAAUACACACAAACAAGAGGAAUCACACAGAGCGCUGGGGCAGUUUAGAUGCAGAUGUAGAGACUUUUAAGCAAAGUCAAGAAGGGCUGUGUGCUGGAGAGCUCAAGUUAACCUUGCAGAGCAUUUUAUUCAUUCAAGUAAAGAAAGAGAGGAGAGAGAGAGAGAGAGAGAGGGGUACUUUUGACAAGUCAAAUUUGUUGGAGAGUUUCUUUUAGUGGAAUGAUCAAUUCCUUUAAAUCCUUAGCUGAGAAAGUGACACUUUGUUAGUCUCAGAACAUUUACAAGAACCUGCACCAUGUUGCGCUUCUCGUGCCUCUGCCUUUUCAUUUUGGCGCUCCAGUCUUGCUCGAGUCAAGUGAAAGAGGACGUGGACGUGCUCGUGCUUCUGCCUCGAAACAACUCGUAUAUGUUCUCGAUUGCGAGGGUCACACCCGCCAUCGAGUACGCGAGGCAGCUGCUGGCGCGAGGGCCCUUGGUCGGGCUGAAUUUCAGCGUGCGCUAUGUCACCUCCGAGUGCGGCGUGGAUGCGCUGUACGCGCUCGUGGACCUCGCGCGCCACGAGCGCCCCGACCUGAUCCUCGGUCCCGUGUGCGAGUACGCCGCCGCGUCCGUGAUCCGGGUGGCGACGCACUGGCAAAUCCCCGUCAUCUCAGCAGGUGCCCUGGCGCUCGGCUUUAGCGACAAGGGCUCCGAGUACGCGAUGCUGACGCGCACCGCGCCGAGUUACCUUAAGAUGGCCGGGACGUUCGCCACCAUGUCGGAGCAGUUUGGCUGGAAGAGCGUGCACCUGAUCUAUCUCGACGACAGGGAGGAACGCAACUGCUACUUCACCAUUGAGGGGGUCCACGCGCUCCUGGAAAGCGAUCACGACAUUUCCAUUUCGAUGAUGAAUUCCAGAGAUCCGCUGGCGCAUGUGGACGAGAUCAUCAAGUCCAUAUACGAACAUGAAGUGAUAAUCAUGUGCACACACACGGAUGUGGUGAGGGAGAUCAUGCUGAUGGCCCACAGACAGAAACUGACCACCAGUAGCAGACUCUUCUUCAACAUUGAGUUGUUCAACUCCUCAUCCUACGGCAAUGGAUCUUGGAGAAGAGGAGACAAAUAUGAUAAUGAGGCCAAGGCUGCCUACGCUUCUCUGAACACAGUGACACUACUGAGGUCAACCAAGCCCGAGUUUGAGAACUUCUCACAGGAAAUGAAAAAGAAGAUCGGUGUGGAUGUUUGUGAAGGCUGCAGUGAUAUAAACAUGUUCAUGGAGGGUUUCCAUGAUGCUUUACUGCUUUACGCGCUCGCCUUAAACGAGACGAUCCACAGCGGUUACAGUAAGAAGAAUGGAACGGAAAUCACACGCCGAAUGUGGAACAGAACAUUUGAAGGGAUUGCUGGCCAGGUGUCUAUAGAUGCCAAUGGUGACAGAUAUGGAGAUUUCUCCGUUAUAAGCAUGACAAACCAUGAAACUGGAACGCAUGAGACUGUCAUGAACUACUUUGGCACUAAUGGAAGUUUUCAGGUCCUACCUGGAUUUAACAGCGAACGGUUCACACUGCGAGGAGCACCGAGGCAACCGCUCCCAGAUCCCGAUGGCCAGUCAUCAGGUGGACUAGGAUUAUCAGCCGUGACUGGAAUCAUAGUUGGAGGACUGCUUGGAACAGCACUACUUAUGGCAUUCUACUUUUUUAGAAAGAACUACAGGAUAACCAUUGAAAGGAGGGCACGGCGGGAACAGUGUGAUGGAAAACAUCGCCAGUUACGAGAGGACUCCAUCAGAUCCAACUUCUCAGCAGCAUAGGUUCUGCCACGUCACCAGACAAAUGGAAGAGCUGGGGAAGGUGUGUAUCAGAUAUGUCCAAAGACUCAAUAAACACCACCCCUUGGAUUCCUGAAAUAUUUCAAGACAUACUGUAGUGUUUUGUUUUGUUUUUUUGUUUUUUCUUGUAAAUGUCUCUUGUUUUUGACUUUUGUAAACUCAGGAAAGUUGUAUUCAUUAAGGAGAGCUGCUCUUAAGGCUUCAUGAAAGAAAAAAAAAGGAUCGGUCUGUUUUCGCUCAGCUACAGACUUUGUGCCUUUUAAGCAAGCUAGCUUUGGUGAGGAAUCUGUCCCCUUUUUCGACUGAAAUCUUGGGUUGGCGGAGCCUGGCGGCGAUGAAUUAGGGGGCAUCUCAGUGGUUCGGAUGAAAGGAGAAAGUAAUUUGUUAAGGAUGGACUGUUCUUUUAUUCAUGCCUCAUUAUUAUUAAGGUGAGGGAUGAACAUUUCAGCUUUUCUCUCAUGGUUUGAGGGAGUGUUUGACAGGGACACUGAUCAACACAGUAAUAUUUUGAGUUAAGACAAGAAGAUCAUAAGCUCAUGUAUAGUAUGUUAAUAUAUAUCGUCAAUCUGAGAGUAGCAUAUUUUACACAUUGUAAGAUUUUGCUAAAACAAUCGAAACCCUUUUUAGAAGCCCGUCUGUCUGAGAUGUGGCUCUUAAAGUAAAAAACAAAAAACAAACAGAAUUCCUCAUCAGAAAUCUAAUCUUUUUGGAUUAAAAAAAAAAAGCUAUGUUUAUAAGGAGAAUUUAUAUUGCACAUGUAAAUGGUUUAAGAAAAAAAAAAUCAUAUCUGUAUCUAAAUUUAUUAUGUCAGGAAAUGUUCAUUAGUACACUAUCAGAUUCAUAUCAAAUAUACAUUUUUUUUUAUUUCUCAUUGUGUCAAAAUGCUAUGUGUUAAAGUAUGAGAUGCACAUGAAAACCUCUCUUUUGUGCAAAUGCAUAUCCUAGGACUUUUUAUUCAAGAUUAAUGUAAUGGCAAACUGUGUACUGAUGUAAGUAAAUGGAUCAACAUAAGAUUGUGAUUGUGAUGUUAUUUAUUGAUUUUUGUUUUUGUUUUUUUGUAGAGGUUUUAAUUUCCUAAUUGUUGAUUUUAAUAUUGUUUUUCUUUUUUCUUCUUCUUCUUCUUCUUUUUCUUCUUCUUCUUCUUCUUUUUUGUGGAACUCAAAAAAUGAUUUUGUAAAGAAAAAAAAAGUUUAUCUGCUUUUUUUCAGAGCACAUUUUGCUUGAUAACUGUGUACAUGGCUUUGUAAACAAACCUAGUCAGAACUGUAACUUAUUUAUAUUACCAGUACAUACUGACCAAUAAAGAAAAUUAUUUUAACCACUU